GAAGGACCCCGUGCCCACGUGUGUGUGUGUCUGCGUGCGGGCGCAGCGAUGGCGGAUCUUCAGAUGAAACUCCUGCGAAAGAAAAUCCAGAAAAGAAGUGAAAAAAAUAAAGAGCGCAAACUGCGACAACAGCAGCAGCAGGAGGAGGAGGAUACUGAAUCUAAAACAAUCACAGAAGAAUGCUGCACAGAUGGAGUUAAAAAGACCACAAGUAAAGUUUUACAGAACGACCAGCCUCAGGUAGAUCAAAUAGAUGGGGAGGAUACGGUCACAGAGAACAGUAGUAAGAAGAAGAAGAAAAAGAAGAAGAGGAAGCUGGACCAAGAAGACACUCCCACCAACUCCAAUGUGAAAAAAGCUAAACAGGAAAAUGGUGAGGAUGGUGAAAAUGAGAUGGAAGCCACUGAAGACAGUGAGCUAGAAGAACAGCUAUGUGAGGAUGGAAUGGAUGAAGGGGCUGAUGAUCAGAAAGAUGGCAAUGAUGAAAGUGAAGAAGAGGAAGAUGAUGGACCAGCACUUCCGUCUGGACUUACAGGAGCUUUUGAGGAUCAGUCGUUUGCUUCACUAGCCGAGCUUGUGAGUGAGAAUACCUUGAAGGGUAUUAAGGAGAUGGGAUUUGAGAAUAUGACCGAGAUCCAGCACAAAAGCAUACGCCCCCUAUUGGAGGGGAGAGAUGUUUUGGCAGCUGCUAAAACAGGCAGUGGGAAAACUCUGGCCUUCCUCAUUCCUGCUAUAGAGCUAAUCUACAAACUCAGAUUCAUGCCCAGAAAUGGUACUGGAGUGAUCAUUUUGUCUCCAACACGUGAGUUGGCCAUGCAAACAUAUGGAGUGCUGAAGGACCUUAUGUUGCAUCAUGUGCACACAUAUGGUCUUAUCAUGGGUGGCAGCAACCGUUCGGCAGAAGCACAGAAACUUGGUAAUGGAGUCAAUAUAUUGGUGGCCACACCUGGAAGACUGCUCGACCACUUACAGAACACGGCUGGUUUCAUGUACAAGAACCUGCAGUGUCUGAUCAUUGAUGAAGCAGACAGGAUUCUGGAGGUUGGCUUCGAAGAAGAACUUAAACAGAUCAUCAAACUGCUGCCAAAGAAAAGACAGACCAUGCUGUUCUCAGCUACACAGACAAGGAAGGUUGAGGAUCUGGCACGAAUCUCUCUGAAAAAGGAGCCACUGUAUGUGGGAGUGGAUGACAACAAAGAAACAGCCACAGUAGAAGGACUGGAGCAGGGUUACGUGGUGUGCCCGUCUGAGAAACGCUUCCUGCUGCUCUUCACGUUUCUGAAGAAGAACCGCAAGAAGAAGCUGAUGGUGUUUUUUUCCUCCUGCAUGUCUGUGAAGUUCCACUAUGAGCUUCUCAACUACAUUGACUUACCUGUCAUGGCUAUCCAUGGCAAGCAGAAGCAGACCAAGAGAACCACCACGUUUUUCCAGUUCUGUAAUGCAGACUCCGGCAUCCUGCUCUGCACUGAUGUUGCUGCCCGAGGCCUCGACAUCCCUGAGGUUGACUGGAUUGUACAGUAUGACCCACCUGAUGACCCAAAGGAAUAUAUCCAUCGUGUGGGCAGAACUGCUCGAGGUAUUAAUGGCAUAGGCCAUGCUCUACUCAUCCUCAGACCGGAGGAGCUUGGGUUCCUGCGUUUCCUUAAACAGGCCAAGGUUCCAUUGAGUGAAUUUGAAUUCUCCUGGAGCAAGAUCUCAGACAUCCAGUCACAGUUGGAGAAGUUAAUUGAGAAGAACUACUACCUGCACAAGUCAGCACAGGAGGCUUACAAGUCGUAUGUGCGAGCCUACGAUUCUCACUCUCUCAAACAGAUCUACAACGUACAGACGCUGAACCUUCCCCAGGUGGCGCUGUCCUUUGGAUUCAAAGUACCGCCCUACGUUGACCUGAAUGUGCACAGCAGUAAAGGGGUAAAGCUUCAGAAGAGAGGAGGAGGCGGAGGCUUUGGCUACCAGAAAUCCAAAAAUGUGCAGAAGGCCAAGAUCUUCAAGCACGUCAACAAGGGCAGAGGAGACCGUCGACAGUUCUCUCGCUGAUCCUGCAGUGCUUCAGGAUCAUUUUUCUAUAUAAAUGCUUAAACAAAUACUUUUGUUACUACUUCUUGAUCUGAGGAAAGAGUCCAGUUAUCAUAAUGUGGUUAUUAUGAGAAAAUGUCUGUGUUUUACUAUGUAUGAGCAUUUUAAGAGUAGCUCAUCAAACAGGCGGGCUGUUUUCAUUCCAUUUCUCUGUGUCUGGAAAUCCCAUGUUGUGUAUUAAUAUACCCAUUUAAACUGUAUAUUAAUGUUUUUCCUGCAUUCUUUGUACUGCUGGAUUGAUUGCUAUAUUAAAGAAUGAUUCAAUAUCCCCUAAA